AUGGGAUCCCCGUCAUCACCCCCUGCUCUCGACCACUGCGCAGUUCGCUCACCCGAGACAGUCCCCGUCGUCUCAGUCCCCGUCGCCUUGCCCGCCGAAGAGGUCGUCGUCGACGGCUCUCUCGAACCCGCCGGGGCUGUAUCUCCACCUUCCUCUUCCCCAUCCACUCAUCACCGCGUCACCGCCACGGGCGUCCUGGCGACGACGACGACGGCUUUGGUGCAUAAUCGAUUGACCCAUGCUGCGGGAGGGAUGUUGUCCAGUACGCUGACCGGCUUGUUCACGCGUGAGUUUAUCUCGAGAGUGCUUCGAGAACCCGACCCACCACCGAUUUCGCCGAGGCCCCGACCGCGCGCGGCGCGCACGUGAAAGUCUGUGAAAGUACGCGAGCAACGGUCUCGGCCAAGCGUACCUUGGCGGCCACGAUCAGGUGACCUCCUCUUCUCGACGUGCGAUGUUCGCUGGGCAGCGAUGA